CACAUUUUUCUGCGUUAAUUAUUUCGAUUGAAUUCCAGACAUAAAUAAAUAUUUUAAUAAAGAUAAAAUAAAGAUAAUUAGUGAGAUGUAUACCGGUGUACAUUAAGUUUGUAAAUGUGUAAAUGAUAAAAACUAUAGUCUCGUCCGAACUAUAGGCUGAGGUUAUUUUGGAUGACCUUAAAAAUUUGCUCAGUGAAUUCUGUGCUCGUAGUUGGAACCCACGUAUUUUCGGUUGCAGAUUUUUUUUGUUAUUUGCAACAAAAGUAUAAGGUAUCAUGUCGUGGGUUAAGGCUUCGAAUGGUGACGCGCCGGCAAAUUCUCUCGUAGCUGGGUACGAUGUUACUGGCGAACCUAUUUACGUGGCCAGAGCUGAACAUGAGGGGGACCUCGUUCCCGGCAAACUUGUAUCCUCCCAUAAAGGAGCUUUCCUACCCUGGGGCGGUAAGGAGAUCUCUAAGAAAGAAUACGAGGUGCUAAUCAAAAGUAAUAACCAAUGGGUACCCUAUCGAGGUGGUUAUGUCCCAGCCAAUGCUCUUAAAGCAGGUAGGACCAAGAAUGGGGAAACUUUAUAUGUAGGCAGAGUUCAUUACCUGAAAUCAAUCACCCCGGGCAAAGUUCAUCCUUCGCAUGUCGCUUGUUACAUAUCCUAUGAUGGAAAAGAAUUAAACUUUUCCGAUUAUGAAGUGCUUUUGGAAAACUGAAAUUUAAAACUAAUAAUUACUACAGUAAUAGAACAUAUAUGCACUUACACCUUUUAUAUUAACUUAUACUAAUGUAUAUACUUUGUAAUUUGUGCAGGUUAUUAUGAUAAUAAUAAUCUCAAUAAAUAAAAUGAGAAAAAAAUA